GAUUUAAAAUCCAGUUGACGUCGCAACUUGUCAGUUGAUUAAUUUCCCUCGUGGGUAUCGAUUCAAAAUGGGUCUCAAGUGUCUCACCCCUGAGCAGAAGAAAUUUUACGUUGAAAAUGGUUUCGUGAAGCUCUCGGGGAUCUUGACACCCAGAGAAUUCGAGGAGAUCUCCGAGGCUUACGACGAUAUCUUCACCCGGAAACAGCGAGACCGUGGAGCUGAGCUGGAGAGCUCCUGGAAAGGAACUGAAAUGUCAAAAUUAGCUAAAAACCGAGAUUAUACAGUGAAAUCAGUGCAUGCCCUUCAGUUGCACUCAGCAGCAUUCACUCGCCUGCUGAUGCACCCCAGGUUGCUGGACGCCUUGGAGGACAUAAUGGAGACACCGAACAUUCUUCUGCACCACACGAAGGCCCACCUGAAGCCCCCGGAGACAGGUGCCCCCUACCUGAUGCACCAGGACUACCCGUACUUUCCCUUCAAGAAUCACUCGAUGGUAGCUGUUUUCCUCCACCUGGACGACACAACCCCUGAGAAUGGUGGCCUCGCUGUGUAUCCAGGAAGCCACAAGCUGGGGCCCCUGAAGCCUCACACAUCCCACGACGAGCACAACGGCACGACCUUCUACGUCGAUCCCCAGAAGUUUCCCCUGGCACAGGCAACUCCAAUCUCAGCUAAAAAGGGAGAAAUUGUUAUUUUUUCGUAUCUUCUGCUGCAUGGGUCUUACUUGAAUCUCUCGGAAAGGCCUCGGAGGAUGUUCCUCGCCCAAAUCAGAGCUGCCGACGACGAAGCCACUGAGGAUGUCCACAAAUCCCCCUGUCACGAUAUGGUACUCAGGGGGAAAAAUAUUCGUCGAGAGGCUAAGAUGAAGGAUCGGUAUAUCCACUGAUACCAAUUCACUGAAUUGAUAAUUGAUGUGUAAAUACGAAUAAAUAUAAUUACAUCCUUUCGUUGGAAUUAAUUGUUGGAAUUCA